AUGCUUGAGCUUGACUUGGUUUGUCCUGCUGAUGGUGACGUCAUCCAAACCAUCAGAUGUCCGACUGGCACCACUUGUGCUCAGCUUGUUGCUGCUGAAGCCAAGCUUGGAACGUUGGACUUUGACUUUGAGGUCACCGUGAAUGGUGAUCCCAUUGACUUGAACAAAUCGUUGGAUGAAAAGGUGCUUGUGACGUUGGUGCCUUCUGGAUGGGAUGUGCGGUCGCAGUAUGUAGAAGCUGUUGCGUGCUGUUUGGAUGAAGAUUGCACUGCUGAAGGGGACAGGCUUGGAGCGGUAGUGGCUCCUGGCGCUGAAGUGACCAGCAUUGGCCAGCUCUUGGACUUGCGUCGCAUUGUCAUGCCCCAGGCGCAGCGCCUGGAGAUCCUUUCGCGUCAGGGACCUACAUGGGGUGAUGAUGAGUUGCUCUAUUGGCUUGAGCCCUGUGCAACUUCGGCUGAUGAGCUGCAGAAUGUGGUUGUUUGGGAUCCUUUGUUGAUUUCUGGACUUGUGCUUGUUGACAACCCUGGCACAUGGGCGCAGCUCACUGCAGUGUUGGCAAAGGUUGUGACGGUGAUUUCUGCAGUUGUCAUUGAUCAGCAUUGGGUCCCUUUGGUGUGGAGACUUGAUGAGGUUGGUUGCAAGCUCUUCACUGGCUCCAUCAAGGAGUCUCAUGGUUCAGUGAUGCAGACCUUGGCACAGAUUCCUGGACUUGGUAGGAAUGGACAGCUUGGUGUAUGGACUUCUUUGGAUUUUGGAUUUCAGGUCACUUCCCACUGUGGUGCGGCUGUCAUUGCGUUUGUGCGUCAUUUACUGUUGGAAACCCCAAUGCCUCGAUCACAGGAUGCUGUGAACUCUCUGGCUAGUGCCUUGCGUUUGGACUUUGCCUCUGGGUUGCUUCAGCAGUGCAUGGUGCCCCGUCUUGCUGGUCUUGGUCAGGUUGACUUGGAAGCGUUGUGUGCUUUGUUGGUUCAACAAGGGGUUGCUGGUGAUGAAGUGAAACUGCGUGCUCAGACCCUUCUUUGUGCCUUGGGGGAUGGACCUGUUGCCAAAGCGCUUACUGCAGUCAAUCCUUGGCGGGAGCUCAAGUGGCUAGCAAACCAGCAGAGGCCACCGUUCCUGAUUGUCAAGCCCUCAGAAUUGAAUGAAAAGGUGAAACAGCGACAGGGCAAGGGAUCAGUUGGUCAGAAAUCACAUAAACAUGCCAAAGGCAAAGGAAAAGGCUCAAAGCCAGGGGUUGUGUCGUCCUUGGAUCCUACUCGACUUCGCUUGGAACUUGGUUUGCUUCAGAGCACUGAUGGGACCCCGCUUGCUCAGGUGUCUUUGCCCCAAGUUGCAUCGCAUGUCUCUGGAGUUGUGUUGACCACUUUGGCUUUGGCUGGACCGUACCUUCGGGCAGCCAGCAUCGUGUCCACUGGUGCACUUGCGUUCUUUUUGGUUGACACUGUCCUUCCGCUGACUUCGGGGUUGCGUUCCACGGUUGUGACUUUGCCUUUGAUCUGUGCUGAGAAUUCCGAACCUUUAUUGGUGGAAGGUUUGUUGGUUCAACUUGGUGCCACCCCGGUUUGUCGUCCGGAUUCCACAGUUGGCUGUCAGGUUCAGUCUAUCCCGACUUGCGUCGUCAAAUUCAUGGUGUUUCGGGACAUGAUUGUCGGUGAUUGGAAUCAGGUUGUGGCUCAUCCGUUGCAGUACAUCAUCCAAAAAGUUUGUCCUUUGCAGGUUUGUUCGGAUGAAGAGUGUCCAGGGUGUGAAGCUUGGCACCGUACGGAUCAGUUUCCAGUUGAUUCUCCUAUCCUUGAAGUUUGGGGUCGGCAGUGGAUGAAACAGACCUUUGCCUUUUGCAGUCCUGAAGAAGCUGAAGUUUAUGCUGUUCACUUGAGGCUUCCAGAAACGCUUCAAAUUUCUGUCAUUUGGACUCCACGUACUUCCUUGAGUCAGUUGGUCAUGCAGAGACAGACACUGCCUGAGGUCUGUGGCGUCGCACGUCUUGGGGCCAAACUUGGCUUGAGAUGCAGAGUUGAACAUGCGGCUGCUCUCUCAGCCAAGAUCCGUCCUGAACAGGUCUUUUUGCCAGCAGGUGAUCGAAUGACUUUUCUGGUGGGUCCAAUGCCUUAUGGUACUUUGCGGUCAUCCCUGACCAAGACACUGGGUGAUUUCGGAUGGACUGUCCGUCCUUUGCAGCCGGUUUCCACUGGGACACAAGUGCAGGGGCUCAUGUUUCGGGUCCAAGCCAUUGCAGAACCCCCCAAAAAGGUGCUGAGGAUGUCGCAUGGAGAUGUGGUCGUGACUCGUGAAACGGAAGUUGCCCAAGUUGCACCUGCUCUGCCGUCAGUUGUGGCUUCUCACAAUACUGUCUCCAAGGCCUCCUCUGACCAGAUGGUUGAUGAGCUGCAGAUUCAUGAUCCCUGGGCAAAGCCAGGCCCCAGGACUCAGAAGCUUGCACCGCAGACAGUGCACUUGCACAAUCCUUUGGAAGACAUGGAACAACGAGUGGUCUCAGCAGUGUUGGCGCAGCUCCCUCGUGCCAGCAUGGAUGUUGACAGUGAAGGGACUCAUGAUCCCAGGGUUGAUCACCUUGAAAAAGAGAUGCAUGAGCUGAAGCAGCAUGCCCAAUGCUUGCAGGAAUCCAUGUCCCAACAUGCGGCUGACCACAACAAGCAACUUCAUGAGGUUCGUGACCAGAUGCAGCAGCAGGGUGCCCAUUUUGAAGCAGCAAUUGCCAGCCAUGCUUCCCAACUGCAUGCUUUCCAAGAAUCGUUCCAGGAACAAUUCCGACAGCAGUCCGUGAAUCAACAAUCUAUGUUGGAUAGCAUGUUUCAUAAGCAAAUGAGCCAAUUUGAGUCACUUUUGGCGAAGCGCCACCGUCCUGAGUGA